AGACCUCAGCCGUGCCAGCCGUCCCAGGGUCGCGGCGCUCAGGGCCGCUGUCCUCCCGGGCCCGACCGCCGCACAGGGCCCGCGCGGAGCCUGCGCGGCUGGCAUGGCGGAUGGAGCCCACGGAAGGCCCAGCCCCCGCGGCAGCCGAAGGGCAGGGAGGAGGCGGGCUGCUGUUGCUGCUAAGACGUUGGUGCCCACUGGCGGUGGCAUGGCUGCUGCUCGGUCUGGCCUACGCGGAGUUCUUCCACGCGUCCGACUGGGGCGAAGACAUCAUCGGCAUUAACGCUAGGGAUACGCGGCAGUCUUUUACGGACACCGCCGUGGACUUCUGGAACCCGCAGACCUGGUGGGCGGAGGGAGACAAGGCGGCGCUGGACAGCGCGGACUUGGAGCCCGAGACCUGGCGAAGUCCCCCCGAGGACGGCAGUGCGCUCCGCGGCGGCGCCGCGCCCGCGGCAGCACCACCCAGGGCUGCGGUGGAGGCCCCUCGGCCGCCCGCGGCCCCACAGCCGCCCGCGGCCCCACAGCCGCCCGCGGCCCCACAGCCGCCCGCGGCCCCACAGCCGCCCGCGGCCCCACAGCUGCCCGAGGCCCCUCAGCCGCCCGCGGCCCCUCAGCCGCCCGAGGACCGCAAGCAGUCUGCGGCCGCUGUGCCGCCGAGCCUCCCGGGCACCGUGGACGGGCAGCCGGCGGUGUGGCACUCGUACGUGCACACGGACCCCAAGGACAACCCCUCGGCGGACGUCGCCUCGACGGAGGGGUUACCCGCGGACCGCGAGGGGCAGUGGGAGCAGGCCCAUUGGCUCUACAACGACGACAAGCUGAUCGUCGACGCGCGGCCCAAGAGGGGACCCGGGAGCGGCGGCAUCUUGGUGGCAUUCGCGAUCUUGUUGGACCACAAGCUCGGCGCAGGUUGGGGCAAGAAGGGCAAGGGCCAGGAGCAGAUGAAGCGCCCGAAAUGGUUGAGGGCGUGCUUGGCGGCCACGAGAAGCCGGGUGCGCAAGUUCGGGCACGCCAUGAUCAUCAGAUGGAGGCCAACGUUGAAGGUGCCGCAGCGAGUGUUGAAGGAGUGCAAGAAGAAGUUCGGAGAGAGUAAGGACGAGCAGAGAUGCAUCAAGGACGAGGAGCGCGAGACGUUCAAUUGGGAGAAGGAGCUCAUGAUCUUGGAGUAUUUGUCGAGCCCAGAGGGCUUCUCUCAUAUCCUCAUGAUGGACGCAGACGCCGCGCUCGUUCACCCCGAGCACGACACGUUGCGGCUCAUGGUCAAGGAGCUCGAGGCGUCUGGCAAGGAGCUGUUCCUGUCCGACGAGGACUGGCAGGCGAACGGCAGGGGGCGCAUCAACGGAGGGCUUCUCUUCGCGGCCAGCACGGACUGGACGCGGCAGCUGUUCCAGGACAUGCUAGCCGCCCACAUGACGGGCACGGUGAGCAAGCCGAAGAGCAUCGGGGGCGCCUUGUUGACCUGCAACUCCAACGAGCAAUUAUGCCUCAACGGCAUCAAGAACCGCGAGGAGUUCCAGAAGCACGCGGGCGUCUGGAGCGGGCAGACGUGGAACCGCGGCGGCUGCGUGCUGAGGCACUGCGCACGCGGGGGCGGCGCAGCUAACGAGGAGAUGGGGCGACUACGCAUGAACGACCCAACCAUGCAAAUCAUGCAUUUCAUGGGUGGUGCGAAGGACAACGCCGUGCAAGCGAUGUGCCUCGACGGCGUUAACGUGACAGGCGAGCCCGCCGACGGGUACGGGUGCUCCUAGCCCGCGGCGGCCGCCGACUGGCAGGGAGCAGCCCGCGCGGCGGCUGCGAAAGCAGGGUCCGCGAGCAGAGCGCCGA